CUCCGCGAUCGAAGCCGCCGCUGGGCUUCAGCUGCUCGGGACUCCUUCCCACCCGGUGCCUCCGCUCGCCGGGGCCUCGAGGAGACAGGACCCCCCUUGGGCAGCGAGACCAUGAGGAAAUUCAACAUCAGGAAGGUGCUGGACGGCCUGACCGCAGGCUCGUCCUCGGCCUCGCAACAGCAGCAACAGCAGCAGCACCCGCCGGGCAACCGGGAACCCGAGAUCCAGGAGACGCUCCAGUCCGAACACUUCCAACUGUGCAAGACUGUUCGCCAUGGAUUCCCCUAUCAGCCCUCAGCCCUGGCCUUUGAUCCCGUACAGAAGAUCCUGGCAGUAGGAACUCAGACUGGUGCUUUAAGACUCUUUGGUCGUCCAGGAGUGGAGUGUUAUUGCCAACAUGAGAGCGGAGCGGCGGUAAUUCAACUCCAGUUCCUGAUUAAUGAGGUUAGUGACUUGUCAGUAGGUGAUGAUGACCACACUGUGGUAGUGGGAGGUAAUGAUCACACUGCAGCAAUGGGAGGUGAUGAUCACACUGCAGCAGUGAGUGGUGAUGACCACACUGCAGCAGUGGGAGGUGAUGACCACACUGCAGCAGUGGGGGAUGAUGACCACACUGCAGCAGUGGGAGAUGAUGACCACACUGCAGCAGUGGGAGGUGGUGAGCACACUGCAGCAGUGGGAGAUGAUGACCACACUGCAGCAGUGGGAGGUGAUGAGCACACUUCAUUAGUGGGAGAUGAUGACCACACUGCAGCAGUGGGAGGUGAUGAGCACACUGCAGCAGUGGGAGGUGGUGAGCACACUUCAGCAGUCGGAGGUGAUGUCCACACUGCAGGAGUGGGAGGUGAUGACCACACUGCAGGAGUGGGAGGUGAUGACCACACUGCAGCAGUGGGAGCAGUGGGAGGUCAUGUCCACACUGCAGCAGUGGGAGGUGAUGAUUACACUGCAACAGUGGGUAGUGAUGACCACACUGCAGGAGUGGGAGGUGAUGACCACACUGCAGGAGUGGGAGGUGAUGAUCACACUGCAGGAGUGGGAGGUGAUGACCACACUGCAGGAGUGGGAGGUGAUGAUCACACUGCAGGAGUGGGAGGUGAUGACCACACUGCAGGAGUGGGAGGUGAUGACCACACUGCAGCAGUGGGAGGUGAUGAUCACACUGCAGGAGUGGGAGGUGAUGACCACACUGCAGCAGUGGGAGGUGAUGUCCACACUGCAGCAGUGGGAGGUGAUGAUCACACUGCAGGAGUGGGAGGUGAUGACCACACUGCAGCAGUGGGAGGUGAUGUCCACACUGCAGCAGUGGGAGGUGAUGAUCACACUGCAGGAGUGGGAGGUGAUGACCACACUGCAGGAGUGGGAGGUGAUGACCACACUGCAGGAGUGGGAGGUGAUGAUCACACUGCAGGAGUGGGAGGUGAUGUCCACACUGCAGGAGUGGGAGGUAAUGAUCACAUUGCAGGAGUGGGAGGUGAUGACCACACUGCAGCAGUGGGAGGUGAUGUCCACACUGCAGCAGUGGGAGGUAAUGAUCACAUUGCAGGAGUGGGAGGUGAUGACCACACUGCAGGAGUGGGAGGUGAUGUCCACACUGCAGGAGUGGGAGCUUACUCAGGUAAUGAGGGUAGUUUUAGAAAACAGGUUACAUUUUGCCAUCUGCCUUUCCAGAGUAAGUGGCUCUAUGUGGGCACUGAACGAGGUAAUAUACAUAUUGUCAAUGUGGAGUCCUUCACACUCUCAGGCUAUGUCAUUAUGUGGAAUAAAGCCAUUGAACUGUCAUCUAAAUCUCACCCAGGUCCUGUUGUCCAUAUAAGUGAUAAUCCCAUGGAUGAGGGGAAGCUUUUGAUUGGCUUUGAAUCUGGAACAGUUGUCUUAUGGGACCUCAAGUCAAAGAAGGCAGACUACAGAUACACAUACGACGAGGCUAUUCACUCUGUGGCAUGGCAUCAUGAAGGAAAACAAUUUAUUUGCAGUCAUUCUGAUGGUACUUUGACCAUAUGGAAUGUGAGGUCCCCUGCUAAACCUGUACAGACCAUCACUCCUCAUGGAAAACAGUUAAAGGAUGGGAAGAAACCAGAGCCAUGCAAGCCUAUCCUCAAGGUGGAGUUCAAAACGACUAGAUCUGGGGAACCUUUUAUUAUUUUGUCAGGAGGCCUGUCAUAUGAUACUGUGGGAAGGAGGCCUUGCUUAACAGUGAUGCACGGGAAAAGCACGGCUGUGCUGGAAAUGGACUAUUCUAUUGUUGAUUUUCUCACACUCUGUGAAACACCGUACCCGAACGAUUUUCAAGAACCAUAUGCUGUGGUUGUUCUUCUGGAAAAGGAUUUAGUACUGAUAGACCUUGCACAAAAUGGAUACCCUAUAUUUGAGAAUCCCUACCCUUUGAGUAUACACGAGUCCCCUGUUACAUGUUGUGAAUAUUUUGCUGAUUGUCCCGUGGACCUCAUUCCUGCACUUUAUUCUGUUGGAGCUAGACAGAAACGUCAAGGCUACAGCAAAAAGGAAUGGCCCAUCAAUGGAGGUAAUUGGGGCUUGGGUGCUCAAAGUUACCCAGAAAUAAUUAUUACAGGGCAUGCUGACGGGUCAAUUAAGUUCUGGGAUGCUUCUGCAAUAACUCUACAAGUACUGUAUAAAUUAAAAACGUCUAAAGUGUUUGAAAAGUCAAGAAGUAAAGAUGACAGACCGAACACGGACAUUGUAGAUGAAGAUCCAUAUGCCAUUCAGAUCAUCUCCUGGUGCCCAGAGAGCAGAAUGCUGUGCAUAGCUGGAGUGUCAGCACAUGUCAUCCUUUAUAGAUUCAGCAAGCAGGAAGUGGUAACAGAAGUCAUCCCGAUGCUUGAAGUUCGACUGUUAUAUGAAAUAAAUGAUGUGGAAACGCCAGAGGGUGAUCAGCCGCCACCUUUGCCCACCCCCGUGGGCAGCUCCAACCCUCAGCCCAUUCCUCCUCAGUCUCAUCCAUCCACCAGCAGCAGCUCAUCCGAUGGGCUUCGCGAUAAUGUACCUUGUUUAAAAGUCAGAAGCUCACCACUUAAACAGUCUCCAGGUUAUCAGACAGAGCUAGUUAUUCAGUUGGUGUGGGUGGGUGGAGAACCUCCACAACAGAUCACCAGCCUGGCACUCAACUCUUCCUAUGGACUGGUGGUUUUUGGCAACUGUAAUGGCAUCGCAAUGGUUGACUACCUCCAGAAGGCAGUACUGCUCAACCUUGGCACCAUUGAACUGUACGGCUCAAACGAUCCUUACCGGAGAGAACCCCGGUCGCCUCGGAAAUCACGACAGCCUUCAGGAGCGGGCCUGUGUGACAUUACUGAAGGGACUGUCGUCACAGAAGAUCGCUGCAAGUCUCCAACUUCCGGUUCUUCGUCACCACACAAUUCAGAUGAUGAGCAAAAAGGGAAUAAUUUUAUAGAAAAGGUGAAGACCAAAAGCAGAAAGUUUUCCAAGAAGGUAGCCAGUGACCUAGCAAAGAUGUCAAGGAAAUUAAGCUUGCCAACUGAUCUAAAGCCCGAUUUAGAUGUAAAAGAUAAUUCCUUCAGCAGAUCGAGGAGUUCAAGUGUAACCAGCAUUGACAAGGAAUCCCGAGAAGCUAUCUCUGCUCUUCAUUUUUGUGAAACUUUUACUCGCAAGGCAGACUCCUCCCCCUCCCCCUGUCUGUGGGUGGGAACGACACUGGGAACAGUGUUCAUCAUCACACUGAACCUUCCCCCAGGGCCCGAGCAAAGACUCCUUCAGCCAGUGAUCGUGUCUCCAAGUGGUACUAUAUUGAGGUUAAAAGGUGCAAUCUUGAGAAUGGCAUUUCUGGAUGCCACGGGCUGCUUAAUGCCACCUGCAUACGAACCCUGGAAAGAGCACAUCGUUCCCGAAGAAAAAGACGAAAAGGAGAAAUUGAAAAAGCGGCGACCUGUCUCAGUCUCCCCCUCCUCUUCUCAGGAAAUUAGUGAAAACCAGUAUGCAGUGAUAUGUUCUGAAAAGCAAGCAAAGGUAAUCUCACUGCCAACCCAGAACUGUGCAUAUAAGCAGAACAUUACUGAGACGUCGUUCGUGCUUCGUGGAGACAUUGUAGCACUGAGCAAUAGUGUCUGCCUCGCCUGCUUCUGUGCCAAUGGCCACAUUAUGACCUUUAGUUUGCCAAGCUUAAGACCUCUGUUGGACGUCUACUACUUGCCCCUUACCAACAUGCGGAUAGCCAGGACCUUUUGCUUCACCAACAAUGGACAAGCAUUAUACCUUGUUUCACCUACAGAAAUCCAGAGACUCACCUACAGUCAAGAGACGUGUGAAAAUCUUCAAGAGAUGCUGGGUGAGCUCUUCACUCCUGUAGAAACGCCAGAAGCACCCAACAGGGGCUUCUUUAAAGGCCUAUUUGGAGGCGGUGCACAGUCUCUCGACAGAGAAGAACUAUUUGGCGAGUCCUCCUCAGGAAGGGCCUCGAGGAGCCUUGCACAGCACAUCCCGGGUCCUGGUGGGAUCGAGGGUGUGAAAGGAGCAGCAUCUGGAGUGGUGGGUGAAUUAGCCCGAGCCAGGUUGGCCCUGGAUGAGAGAGGGCAGAAGCUUGGCGACCUGGAAGAGAGAACUGCAGCUAUGUUAUCCAGCGCAGAUUCGUUUUCCAAACAUGCUCAUGAGAUGAUGCUGAAAUACAAAGAUAAAAAGUGGUACCAGUUCUGACAACCAGAAUCCACCAAGACCAACUUCAGCCAGAAGGAGAAGGAAAUUUCCUUGUUGAUGUCAUUGGUAUCUUUGGGAAAGAUAACGUACAAGGGUUGUACACUGCUGAGGACUGUUCUAUCCCAGCACAAUCAAGCACUGUUUUACCUCAGUCACAUGGCUUUACCUGAGAACUCACCCACGUGCAAACCGGACGGAGCAUAUGGUGUGUGCUGGCUGUGAGUUGACAGACGGAGAACUCAGCGGGGUCACGUUGACAGAUGAAAACCACAAGGGGAUGUUGAGAAGUCCUGGUGGGCUGUUCCUUGGAUCAUUCCUGUAUUAAACUUUCAUAUGCCAAAAGAUUUUGUGCCGUUGUAUCUGCCGUCAGUGUUUGAUCCGAGGUGGGGAGAGGCAAUAAAUCCGAAGUUCUAAGUCCGAAAUGGCCAUAUUUGUGUUGGGACUGAAUUAUGAACAGCUGUCUGGACUCACUCUCUCCAGGCAGACUGGUCAUCAGUAUCAUUAGUGAAAGCAGCGAAGUGCCCCCUUCCCUUUAGACUGUGCUGACUGGUGGGCUCUAAGUAAUCAAAGAUACACAUAGCUUGUGUAUGGGAUCCUCUUCAGUUCUUGUUACUAUAUCUUUGUGUUCAGUUCCUCUUUUUUCAAAAGCAAAAUAAGGUGAUAUAUCACUUUUCAUCAUCGAAAAGUGCAGCGCAUGACUGAAUUGCUCAUCUUCUGAGAGUUUCCAUGUAGUGGCCAUGCGGUGUGGAAAGUAAGAAACCCUCCAUUGUGGUGAGGAGAAUUCUUCAAUGUCUUUUGUCCUUGUUCACAUUAAUUCAGCUAAAGGUAGAUUUGACCAAAAGAGUUACUGGUUAUAUUUGUAGAAAAGUUGAAAUUGGCUAAGUUUUUAAUUUUGCUUGACUUUUUAUAAAAUGUUUAACCAAAUGAUGUACCCUUGCAUUAUUUAAUUAAAAUUGCUAAAACAACAAUGUUUCAUCAUUUCAGUAAAAUGCUCAGCUCCCCUUUUAAAUUGUCCUUUAUUUGCUAACAAUUCAAGUACACUCAGGUGAUGAGCCAGUUAAAUCUUAGUGCACAUGCUGCCGCAUGGAAGACUACAAGCGUCUUUUGUCAGUAAUUGUCCAAGAGUCUAGUCUAAUGACCUACAAAAUAUCUCCUGUAGAACUACAUCACACAUCUGUAUAUAUCCUUUCAAAAUACUAAAAGCAAAAAAGGAAAGGAACAUAUGUUCAUUUCAGUAACUAAGUUUUUUCUGUAAUAGAGAUGUGCAUUAAAUGGCAGAAGCCCUGAAUGAUUGGUUCCUGCUCUAGCGUUACAACCUAGAAAGAAAGCAGUCUCUAACACAGAGUCGGAGGCUAUAAUUGUGAAAGCCACAAAGGAAGAAGUGAAGGGGAAGCAUGAAAUUUGUAUAUUGUCUUCUAUGAAAGUCUGUAAUGACUCAUUGUCCUUUAAUAAGCAGAGCACAAAUUGAUAGGAAGCCUGCUUGUUUUCUAUUCCAUGUGAUGCGUGACGUUCCCUGUAAGACAUCUUCAGUUUCCCAGCCUCUCAGUCACCUGUUUCUCUUUCAUUGAUAAAAUCUUUUGUUUACAUUUUAUAAUGUGCACUACUGGAUAUAAAAGUUUACAUCAAAGUUUAUUUUAAAUAGCAUCAAGUAAGAAUUAAAUAUAUGUGGUAGAGAAUUGAUCAAGACAAAAAUGUUUUAUAACUACGAUCAUUUUUAAAAGUUUCGCAAUCUGUAGAAAGUGAAUAACAUUUCUGUUUCGCGUCCGUGCUCCGAACGUUCGGCAGUUUACAAAUUGCUUAAUUUGCAUUAUCUAUUGUCCACUAAACCCAUGUCUCAUGAUACCUCAUAGGAAGAAUUGUGUCCCUUUUAAAAGGUAUAGUUUUAUGAAUAUCAAUCGUCGAGAGUUUUAAAAGGGUGAAAAGUACUAAAGUAACUAGCAAACUGCUUGGCUCUGUGGAGUCCCAGCUAUUUGGGUGGCUGUAUUAUUUGUGUAUCAGAUUCCUUUCUAUAGUCAUUUUAACUGAUGUAAAUAAGAUGAAUCAAAGUUGUAAUUAUUUACUAAUAGAGAAGUAGAUGUGUUUACCUGAGAUGGAUUUUAUAAAGAAUAUCCUAAUGUGUCAUUUUAAA